UUCCGUCUGAGGGGGCGAAGGGGCGGUGCUUACGGGAGAACGAGGGGGAGGGGGGGCAGGGCAUUCUGCGCUCGCUCGUUCCCUUCAGGCGGCGGCGAAGCAGGGGAGGAUGAACUGGCUCUUCCCGCUCUCCAAAGGGGGUAGCGGCGGUGGGGCCGCCGCUUCGACCUCGGCUGCUGCCGGGACCCCGCUGCCUUCCACGCUCACUAGUCUCCAGCAGCAAAAGCAGCGGCAGAUCGAGUCCCUGCGGAGCGCCCAUACCGCGAUAGCAGAAAUACAAAAAGAUGUGGAGUAUCGAUUGCCAUUCACUGUAAAUAACCUCACAAUUAAUAUUAACAUCUUGCUUCCUCCUCAGUUUCCUCAGGAAAAACCAGUCAUCAGUGUUUACCCUCCAAUACGACAUCACUUAAUGGACAAACAAGGCGUGUAUGUGACCUGCCCAUUAAUAAACAAUUUCACAAUGCACUCAGACCUUGGAAAAAUUGUUCAGAGUGUACUUGAUGAGUUCUGGAAGAAUCCUCCAGUUUUGGCUCCCAGCUCAGCAUCAUUCCCAUUCCUCUACAACAAACCAGCUGGAAUGAAUCCCUAUGCGCCUCAGAACUUUCCAUUUCUUUCACCGUAUUUGUCUCAAGAAACGAAUAGGUCUCUAGCAUCUGUGCCACUUACGGAAUCACUUUCUUCGGGCUACGCUACAGAUAGACCUGCUGCUCCUUCCUAUGGCAUGAUAAUAGAGUUACCCUUGCCUGUUCCAACAGCAGAAACCUUUUCACAGGGGAGCCAAAAUGGGUACAGUUACAAGAUGCCUGAUGUUCCUGAUGCGUUUCCAGAACUAUCGGAACUUAGCCUUUCACAGCUGACAGAAAUGAAUGAGCAAGAAGACGUGCUGCUGGAACACUUUGCUAAUCUGCCUCAGUUGAAGCAAGUCAUCGAUGAUAAGGAUGAUUUAGUGAAAAGUAUUGAAGAGCUAGCAAGUAAAAAUCUACUGUUGGAACCUAAUUUGGAGGAAAAAAGGCAAGCUGUGCUAGAUAAAUAUGAACAGCUUACCCAGUUGAAGACCGUGUUUGAAAAGAAGAUGCAGCGGCAGCAUGAACUUAGUGAGAGUUGUAGUGCAAGCGCUCUGCAGGCAAGACUGAAAGUAGCUGCCCAUGAAGCAGAAGAGGAGUCGGACACUAUUGCAGAAGAUUUUCUGGAAGGGAAAACAGAGAUAGAUGACUUUCUUAGUAGCUUCAUGGAGAAGAGAACAGUAUGUAAAUCUAUCUUAAGUUGCAAAACCACAGUGUUUUUGAUUAAAUAA